AUGUCUUCGAAAAUGAAAUCCGAGAUUGACUCACUUAGACAGGAGAACGCCAGUCUUAUGGCUAAGAUUACUGCACUUGAGUCCGGGAAAGACGAGCUUUUAAAACACGGAAGAGAGAACCAAGGCUCAAGAGCUGAAGUAGUGAAACUAAGGGACGACAAUGAGGAAAACGAACGGCAGAUCCUAGAUAUUUCUCCCAAGGAGGUUGUUAAUGUAGUGAUCAUAAAUCAACGAACGAACAAUGUUCGCCCAAAUCGAGGUAUUGUUAGCCUAUAUGAAAACGCAUGUAAUGCAGAAGUAAACGCAAUCGAAGACAACAAAGAAGAAAUAUUGUGCUGGUGUUACUACGCUAAAGAAUUCAAGUACACGGACGAUAAACAAGAUGAUAAUCAGAAUAAUGCAUUAGAGUUGCAAGGAUUCAACCAAGAUAAGUGUCUCAACCAUAUCCUUUAA